GUGUGUUGCAGUGUAUUGUGGGUAGUCGCCUCCUCCUCCAGGGUUAAGACUCCUCCCUCUGCUCCUCCUCGCUGUGGCGCCACGUUGGCGUUCUCCUCCGAGGUCUCCUCCGAGGUCUCCUCCUCGUCUGAAGGAAACGGGAACGUCCACCUCCGCUCUCUGUCUCCGUGGAGCUGGAGGUCGUCCACGGUGCCGAACCGGAUCCCCUCCGUCCUCUGGGAGGCCGAGUGCAGCAGCAGCCUCUGUUCUGGUCCCGACAGCAGACAAGACCUGAACUCGGUCCCCAUCUACCAGAACGUCCUGGUCCUGAACCGGCAGGAUCGAGGACGCUGCUUCGUCGCGUCGUACCGCUCUGUGGCCGUCGGCUGCACCUGCGUCUGGGCCAAGACCAGCAAGGACUGAACCCGAACCACCCACCUGGAUCUCCACAAACCUGGAUCUGAACCACCUGAAUCAGAACCACCAA